AUGCCGAUGUUACUUGACAUCAACCGUAAACUCCUUGCUAGGUCAGACCGUGUCAAAUCAGUUGAUUUUCAUCCUACAGAACCUCAUGUCAUUUGUGGUUUAUACAAUGGUCAAGUCAAAAUAUGGAACUACGAAACUCAAACUGAUUUAAAGACUUUUGAAGUGACGGAUGUUCCCGUCAGAUGUGUUAAAUAUAUCGCAAGGAAGAACUGGUUCGUUUCCGGCUCAGAUGACUUUCAAUUAAGAGUAUACAAUAUCUCAACUGGUGAAAAGAUAACUUCAUUCGAAGCUCAUCCAGAUUAUAUACGAUGUUUGACCGUUCAUCCUACUCUUAGUUUGGUUUUAACUGGAAGUGAUGAUAUGACUGUGAAAUGUUGGGACUGGGAUAAAGGAUGGAGAUGUGUUCAAAUCUUCGAAGGUCAUACACAUUAUAUCAUGGCAUUAGCUAUUAAUCCUAAAGACCCACAAACGUUCGCUUCAGCAUGUCUUGAUCAUACAGUUAAAGUCUGGUCAUUAGGAAAUCCAGUACCUAAUUUCUCCUUGGAAGCACAUGAAAAAGGUGUGAAUUACGUCGAUUACUAUCACGGUGGUGACAAACCAUAUUUAGUAACAACGGGUGAUGACAGACUUGUCAAAAUUUGGGAUUAUCAUUCUAAAUCUUGUGUACAAACACUUGAAUCUCAUACAGCAAACGUCUCAUUCGCCAUCUUCCACCCUUCACUCCCAAUCAUCUUAUCAGGUUCAGAAGAUGGUACGAUCAAAAUUUGGCAUUCUUCUACCUACAGAUUAGAAAACACUCUGAGUUAUGGUUUGGAAAGAGCUUGGUGUGUUGCUUAUAGGAAAAGCGGGAAUGAGGUAGCUGUCGGUUUCGAUGAAGGUGCUGUCGUAGUCAAACUCGGUCGAGAUGAACCUUCAGUAUCGAUGGAUUCUCAAGGAAAAAUAGUUUACGCCAAGAACACGGAAAUAUUGACUGCUAAUAUCUCUACUGUUGGUGCUGAUGGUGAACCCGUCGAGGAUGGACAACGGUUGAUGGUGUCACUCCGAGAUCUGGGUACUACCGAAGUAUAUCCUCAAAGCCUGCAACAUAGUCCUAAUGGCAGAUUCGUCACUGUAUGUGGUGAUGGCGAGUAUAUCAUCUACACGUCACUUGCAUGGCGAAACAAAGCUUUCGGAUCCGGUACAUCAUUCGCUUGGGCAACUGAUUCCAAUACAUAUGCCGUACAAGAGGGUAAAUCCAAGAUCCGAAUUUACCGAAACUUCAAAGAAAGGCCUGGACUCAUCAAAUCAUCCGGAUCAUGGGCUGUUGAAGGUAUCCAUGGAGGCACAUUACUCGCAGCAAGAGGAAAUGGAUUUGUCAUGUUUUGGGAUUGGGAAACAGGACAUGUAGUACGAAGAAUCGAAGUUGACGCUACAAACGUUUCUUGGUCCGCUACCGGUAACCUUGUCGCUAUCACUGCGGAAGAUUCAUUUUAUAUUCUCAGCUUUGAUAGAGAUGCGUAUAACGCUAGAGUCGACAGUGGUGAGAUCAUCGGUGAUGAAGGUGUUGAAGACGCUUUCGAUGUUAUUGCUGAAAUAUCCGAAACUGUUAAAACUGCCAAAUGGGUCGGAGAUUGUUUCAUCUACACCAACUCUACAAAUAGACUCAGCUAUCUCGUGGGAGAUCAACCUCAUGUAAUCAAUCAUUUCGACCAGGGUGUCUAUCUCCUCGGAUAUCUUCCCGCUCACAACCGAAUCUAUGUUGCCGACAAAGACCUCAACAUCUACUCCUACUCUUUAUCUCUGACCGUAGUCGAAUACCAAACUGCGAUACUUCGCGGCGACUUGGAAGGCGCUGAAGCAAUCUUACCUACCGUCCCAGCAGAUCAAAGGAAUAGAAUUGCCAGGUUCCUUGAAGGACAAGAUCUCAAGGAACUCGCUCUUUCAGUGUCGACCGACCCAGACCACCGAUUCGAUCUCGCUAUCUCUCUCAACGAUCUUGAAACCGCCUUGUCAUUAGUCCGAUCCGCACCUGAAGCUGGAUCUCAAGCUAAAUGGAAAGUAGUGGGAGAUAAAGCCUUAUCAGCUUGGCAAAUGGAUCUAGCGCAAGAAGCAUUCGAAAAAGCCGGUGACUUACCCGCUCUAUUACUGCUUUUCACAUCUAUAUCAGAUCGAAAAGGAUUAGAAAGACUAGCUGGAUUAGCUAAAGAGAAAGGAUUGAACAACAUCGCAUUCGCAGCAUAUCUCCAAUUAGGUGAUUCAGCUUCUUGUAUUCAAGUUCUAUCAAACACAGGUAGAUUACCUGAAGCUGCUAUAUUCGCACGAUCAUAUGCACCUUCAGAAAUCGGUAAAGUCGUCAAGAAAUGGACAUCAUCUUUGGAUGCCGAAGGUAGAACCAAGAUCUCUCAAACUAUAGGUAACCCGGAUGAAGAUAAAGAGCUUUUCAGCAACGAAGGAAUAGAUUCAAAUGAAGAAGGGAGUGGUGUACUAGUUGAAAAAGAAGAUGACGAUCAAACUCCAGCUUCACAGGCUAGCGCAACAGAGAAAGUCGAACAAGUGGUCGAGAAGGUACAAAACGGUGCUGAAUCUUUAGUGGAUAAAGUCAAAGAAUUAACAGUGGGAGAGACCAAUGGUUCGACAGAAUACCAAGCUCCAGUCAUACUUGAACCUGUAGUAGAUACCGAUUCAACACCUACACCGAGUGGAGAUAAAAAAUCAAAGAAGAAUAAGAAGAAGUAG